AUGAGGCUGCUGACUGCCUUCACGGCUGUGCUCGCCGUUGCUUCGGCACAGACAGCCACUAACCAGUUCCCAGAUGGCUUCAUGUUUGGAGCUGCGACAGCUGCAUACCAGAUAGAAGGAGCCUGGAAUGAAGAUGGAAAGGGAGAGAGUAUUCAGGACUACUUCUUCCACAACUAUCCUGAAUACAUCACAGGAGACACCGGGGACGUCGCCUGCGAUUCUUACCACAAGUACCAGGAGGACGUGCAGAUGCUGAAGGCUCUCAACGCGGAUGUAUACCGAUUUUCGAUUUCCUGGGCACGAGUGUUGCCUACCGGGGACGUGGACGUUAUCAACCAGGCUGGUAUCGACUAUUACAACAACCUCAUCAAUGAGCUGCUCGCCAAUGGAAUACAGCCUCUGGUAACGAUGUACCACUGGGACCUGCCUCAAGCACUGCAGUACAUCGGAGGGUGGCCCAACGAGUUGCUGGCAGACUACUUCGUUGAAUACUCCAGGGUACUGUUUGAAAACUUCGGUGACAGGGUGAAAUGGUGGAUCACAUUCAACGAGCCAGCCGUCUUCGUUAAUGGUUACGCGACGGUUGGUUUCGCCCCCUCUCAACCUGCAUCGGGCAUUGGCGACUACCUAGCGACACAUACCAUCGUCAAAGCCCACGCUCGGGUCUGGCACCUGUAUGAUGAGCAGUUCAGAGCCUCGCAGAACGGUAGUGUGGGUAUUACUCUUAAUAUGGAUUGGCCGGCAGCACUGACUAACUCGACAGAGGACGAAGAGGCUGGUGAGAGAGCACGACAAUUUCAGAUGGGCAUCUUUGCACACCCUAUCUACACUCAGGAUGGGGAUUACCCAGCUGUAGUGCGCCAGUUAGUGGAUGCCAACAGCGAGGCUGAGGGGCGGCCCCGAUCAAGGCUGCCAACUUUCACACAGGAAGAGAUCGAAUACAUUAGGGGGUCGGCAGACUUUUUUGGGAUGAACCACUACACAACGAACUACGUGACGUCAGGCGUGACAGGCGAAUCACCUUCCAAAACAAGGGACUCUGCUGUAAUUUCAUCGUCUUACGAGCGUCAUCCUUGGGGACUGCGGAAUCAACUGAACUGGGUUGCCAAUCAGUAUCCUGGAUACCCAAUCAUCAUUUCAGAGAACGGUUACUCCAAUUCUGGAGGACUGAAUGAUACUGACCGCAUCCAAUAUUUUACUGCAUACCUCGGAGCUGUCCUGGAGGCGAUAAACACUGACGGUGUUCCGGUUAUCGGAUACACAGCCUGGAGUCUCAUGGACAACCUGGAAUGGAACUCGGGGUUCACGGUUAAGUUUGGUCUGUACGAGGUGGAUUUCAAUAGUCCAAACAGGACCAGGACGCCCAAGGAAUCGGCCGGCUUCAUGGCGGAGCUCUUCAGUAGUAAGCAGCUGCCAGAACAGUACAACUACCAUGCUGGCUGCUUCUGCUGUACUGCUGCUGCCCGAAAUGUUGUUGCUGAUGAACUUGGAGUCGCCGCCGGUGGCUCGCUUCGCCUUGGUCACCACUGCAGCUAUGCCGGCGUCAAGCUCUCCGCUGCUGCUGGUCGCUGCAGACUCGAGCUCAACAGGCCCUUGGGCAAAGGAGAGAGCAUUCAGGACUACUUCUUCCACAACUAUCCCGAAUACACCACAGGAGACACCGGCGACGUUGCCUGCGAUUCCUACCACAGGUACCAGGAGGACGUGCAGAUGCUGAAGGCGCUCAACGCAGACGUAUAUCGAUUUUCGAUUUCCUGGCCACGUGUGUUGCCUACCGGGGACGUGGACGUUAUCAAUCAGCCUGGUAUCGACUAUUACAACAACCUCAUCAACGAGCUGCUUGCCAAUGGAAUUCAGCCUGUGGUUACAAUGUACCACUUCGAUCUCCCUCAAGCACUGCAGUACAUCGGAGGCUGGCCCAACGAGAUGCUGGCAGACUACUUCGUUCAAUAUGCAAGGAUACUCUUCCAAAACUUCGGUGAGAGGGUUCAAUUUUGGAUGGGUAUCUUCGCACACCCAAUCUACACUGAGGAAGGGGAUUACCCACUUGUGGUGCAACAGUUAGUGGAUGACAACAGUGCUCGUGAGGGACGAAACCACUCAAGGCUACCAAAAUUCACACAGGAAGAGAUCGAAUACAUUAGGGGGUCGGCAGACUUUCUCGGAAUGAACCACUACUCAACCAACUUCGUGACGCCUGGCCUCAUAGGUGAAUCGCCUUCCAAAUCGCGGGACUCUGGAGUGUAUACAAUGCCUGGUGGGCACUAUGCUUGGGGACUACGAAAUCAACUGAAUUGGGUUGCCACCGAAUACCCAGGAUAUCCAAUCUUUAUAACAGAGAACGGUCUCUCCAACUCUGGAGGGCUAAACGACACAGACCGCAUCGAUUACUUUACAGAAUACCUCGGAGCUGUCCUAGAAGCGAUAAACACUGAUGGUGUUCCAGUAAUCGGUUACACGGCGUGGAGUCUCAUGGACAACUUUGAAUGGAACUCGGGAUACACGGUUAAGUUUGGACUGUACGAGGUGGAUUUCAACAGUACAAACAGGACGAGGACGCCCAAAGACUCGGCCAGCUUCAUGGCAGAAGUCUUCAGCAGCAAGCAGCUACCUGACCAGUACAGCCUGUAG